CAGUUUCUCGCUGAGAUGCGGGGCAUUGCAAAUUGGUUAGUAUGUUUUGUUUUGGCUCUUGUUAUUUGGCUGGUUUUCCAUUAUUACCAUAUAAUUGGGGUACAAAACGAAACUAAAUUUGAUAAGGAACUGCAGGAACCUUUCUCGGUGAGCUGUAAAACAAGUUCAAUUGAUGUUUACUUGCACUUCUUUUGGAUCUUUGCAUGCAUCUAUGCAUUAUCUAAGUUUACCGAGUUAUCGGAACGUUACCUGAGUGCAAAAAUUGCAUUUAAGGAGCGUAGCUCGGAUAUGCGUGUCCUCAACGAUGAAUGGGAAAAGACAUUGAAACUCUAUGAACAGGAUAAAAUGAAAUUGGAUACACAGCUUCAUGCAUUGCGUGAAAAGAAUUGUGGUUUGGAGCAAUCGAUGCGAGAUUUACGGGAUUGUAAUCUUCAUCUCAUUAGUGAGAAUUUUAUGCGCACAGUGCUGCAGGAUCAACAGAUCCAGGGACUGGCCCAACGUGUCCAGGAUCAACAGCCAUCGAAUAUAUAUAUUACCAAUCGUCACAUCCAUUUGACACGUCAGGUAUUUCUCAACGAGGGACUUAUCGAUAUCGAUGUUAAUCUACGUUCAGCUGGUGGGCAGGAUAUUAUGAAAACGGAUAAAUCCUUCAAUGUCUGGGUACAAUAUCUGAAGAUGCGUAAAUGCUAUAUGGGCCCUAUAGCUGAUCCAAAAUUGGUACUCAACGGCGAUUCGGAGCAUAUUCAGCCGAUUGUUAUGACUACGGAGCAAUUGGCCAAAUUACAGGGUAUGAUCUAAUGGCGGGUAGCGAUAUAUCUGUUGUCAAACAAAUCGUUCUUUUGCGAUGUUUCCAUAAAAAUUAAUCCACAAAUAUAUAUUGGACAGUAUUUCACAUUCUUUAUCAUGUGAAUUGGCAGAUUUGCUAUAGAAAGUCAGGAUUUACUUUGAAGCUAUGAAAUAAACAAUAGGUAGAUUAAGGAUCAAA